AUGCUCUCUCGCACAGCAAACCGCAUAGCCCGCACAGAUACCGUCGGCAGCCUCCUUGCAGCGCCACGCCCCCACCGCAGCUUCGCCUCGUCGUCCACCUCGUUCCCCACACGCCGCCAGCACCUCUUGUGGUGCGGCAAUCUACUCGGAUACACCUCCGACCGCCUCACAAAGCUGCCCCGCGCAUGGAUAGACAGCCUCGGCGUGGCCAGCGACGUAGAUCAGGGCCUUCAGUGGACCCACAUCUCCGCCUCGCCCACCCACACUCUGCUCGCCUACCGCCUGCUACCACCCCUAGCGCCUCCUCCCACGGCAUCAGCUGGCCAUGACGCCGAGGACGAUCAACAUGCCACAGAAGACGACUCUGCAAUCAUCUACGACGGCCCUCGGGAGACAUCAGACUCGGCACCGCCCUCGAGCCUGCCGCACAAGGUGCUGGCCAUGGGCAAAAACACCCACGCCCAGCUCGGCCUCGGCUUCGCUUCGCAGGAAGCAACCAGAGGGAUGGUCACCGGCACAUUCGACGGCAAGGGCGGCGUAAGGGCUGUAUGCAGUGGUGGAUGCGCAAGCUUCAUCGUCACCCAAUCAGGGUCCUCGGAAGAAGGCUCGAGCCUCUACGCCUUUGGCAACCACACUCUCGGACAGCUCGGCCUAGGACCUGCAUCAUCACCGUCACACUCGGCCGAUCCGUACGAUGUCACCCCGCGCCAGGAGUCUGGAGACGCCCAGCUCGUGCUCCACCCGCUGCCACGACAGGUCGACCUCGACGCCUCGCUGGAAACAGGGCAUGCUGCUGCUCAGGACGGCUGGAGGGUAGAACACAUGGCGGCGGGCAUGGAUCACACCCUCCUCAUACGCAGCCGUGAAGCCGAGCCAGGCCACCUCGAGCAGCAAGUCAUGUCGACCGGCUUCAACACCGACGGUCAACUUGGCCUCUCCACGGGGCUGGAUGUGCCGAUAUCGCCCCUGAUCACCCGCACUUUCCACGUCGUCCCUUUGCCAGCGCUCGAAGCUGCCUCUGGUGACCGCUUCGUGUCCGUGGCGGCAGGUGCAGAUACGUCGUUUGCGCUCAGCCAGUCCGGCCGCCUCUUCGCCUGGGGCAACUCCGAGUACGGCCAGGCCAUGCUCGACUCGGGCGUCGAGGACCGCGUGCCCACUCCAGUAGAGGUGACCGGUGCCUUGAAGAGGGCCUGUGAGGAGGCAGGGCUCGAGCUGGACGGUGCCCGCAUCAAGAAAGUUGUGGCGGGCGGCAGCUGGGCUGGUGUCCUGGACGACCGAGGCCGCGUGUGGACGGCAGGCUAUGGACCUCUGGGUCUGGGAGCGGCCGAGGUCGAUGAGUCCCUCGAUCUUCCUCCGCCCCCGAAAGCGUCGGUCCAUCUCUCCCGCGUCUCGGCCCUACCCCCGGGCAUCACCGAUAUCCAGGCCGGCCUCGACUACGCUGUCGCCAUCGGACCAACUGACAAGCAAGCGUCAGCGCAAUCGUCGGCUCAGGAUACGCAGGAACCACAGCUGCCGCGCAUCUUUACGUGGGGUCUCGACACUGUGUCCGGCCGGCUAGGCUUAGGGCUCGGCACGACGAGCAGCCCAUCGGACCGGCUGCGUUCGGAUCCUUCGCGCAAGUCGGAUCGCCCGUCGGGUAUCGGCAUGAGCACUGGUAUGGAUCGACGAAGGGGCAAUGGAGGCGGCGCAGGCGACGAGGCGGCACCCCGGGUAUACACGCCGGUCGAGGUGCCGCGGAUCCGGCUGGGUCGGUCGCCAGAAGACGAAUGGCUCGAUGCCAAUCCGGCCGAGCGCAAGAAGCGGAACGACAGAGAGGCCAAGAAGCGGAGCGGCGAUCGCGAUGGAGCCGCUGGCAAGGUGUCUGCCGCUGCCGCCGCCGUCGAGGAUGCCAAGGUGUUGGAGGUGGCGUGUGGGUCCGAGGCCAUGUUUGUCCUCAUCGAAGACGGGCUCAACGAGGUGGGACGCUGGAACGAGUGCUACGGUCCACCGGACGCGGGCACCGACGUGGCCAUGCAAUCGUGA